AUGCGGAACGUGCGUGUCGUGUGUAUGGAGGCUACUGUGCCUUUCGCGUUUCUAGCGAGUCUGUCGGUUGUUGAAGAGGCGACAGGGGAGGAUUUUCUGCUUCCGUCUUCUUCCCACCUUUUUUUUUAUUACUUUCUAUUUUCACUUACUCUCCUGUCAGUGAAUUUUACUCUUAAUCUUUUCUCUCUCUCUUUCUUUCUUCCUUUCUUUCACUCUCUCUUUCUCUACCUCUUUCCCUCUCUCAAUCACUUUGACCCAUUUCAUAUUUCUUCUUUUUCGUUAUUUUUUCUUUUAUUUUUUACCUUUCUUGAGUAUUUUGAUUACAUUUGCCUUUCUUUCUUUUUUAUUUCUUAUCUUUUUACUUUAUCUCCUUUCUUUCUUUCUUUCUUUCUUUCUUUCUUUUUCUUUCUUUCUUUCUUUUUUCUUUCUUUCUUUUUUCUUUCUUUCUUUCUUUUUUCUUUCUUUCUUUAUUUCGAUUCUUUCAUUGCUGUUUCUCCUUGUCUUUCGCUCUACCUUUUUCCUCUCCUUAUUUUUCUUAUUGAUUCUCCUUUUUUGCUCUGCCCUUCGCUUCUUCUUUCCUCUCCUUUUUUGCCCUACAUUUAUACUUGCUCUCCUUUUUUGCCCUUUUCUCUUUGCUCUCCUUUUGUCGUAUGUUUCUACUUGCUCUCCUUUUUUCUAUUUCUCCUUGCUCUUUCACUUUGCUUUUUCUCCUUGCUUUCAUUUUUACUUUUUUCCUUGCUCUCCUUUUACCUUAUGUUUAUCCGUGCUGUCCCUCUCCUUACGCUCCUUUUUUGCCCUAUCUGUCUCACUACUCUUCUUUUUCUCUCCCUAUCUCUCUUUCUUCUUUCCUCCCUUAUGCUUUUUGCUCUCCCUUUUAAUUUCUCUUUGUCUUUUUCCUUGCUAUUUUUUCCUAUGAUUUGUCGUUUUUUUUUUGUUAUCAUUACUUUUCUCCUUACUCUUCUUUUUGUUCUCCCUAUCCUUCUCACUUCUUUUUUUUAUUCUUACUAUCUCGUUUUCCCUAUCAUUCUCCUUAUUAUGUUUGUUUUCCUUGUCGUCUUCUUGUUAUUAUUUAUUUGA